ACGAGCUUUCGAUCGAGAAGCGUCGCCUCACAACUUGUGCUUCUAUUUACUCCACUCGCUCGCUCUUUAUAGCGCAGACGAGAAAAGCUCCGUCGCUCGUUUACGAAACCCGGCGGUGCGAUGGCGGCGAUGGGAAUCGCAAAAUUACCGCCGCUCAACAAUUCCGUUCAUCCUGCCCAUCGGAAAUCUCCGACGCCCUUCCUUGCAUCUUCCGAUCCCCGCCUUUCCUCUUCCUUCCACGUCUCCGGUGGAAACGAUAAUAUCCUCCUCCUCCGUAAGGCGGCGAUUGCGUCAGGGCGGAGGACGGCGUCCGGUGCGAGGACCCCGGUCCUGGUCUCCCCCAAAGCCGUUUCCGACUCGCGGAGCUCGCAGACUUGCCUCGAUCCUGAUGCAAGCCGGAGUGUUUUGGGUAUUAUACUUGGGGGAGGAGCCGGGACGAGGUUGUAUCCUUUAACAAAGAAGAGGGCUAAACCUGCAGUACCACUUGGAGCCAACUACAGGCUAAUCGACAUUCCUGUCAGCAAUUGCUUGAACAGUAAUAUUUUAAAGAUCUACGUUCUGACACAAUUCAAUUCUGCGUCUCUGAACCGCCAUCUUUCACGGGCCUAUGCGAGUAACAUGGGUGGGUACCAGAAUGAAGGCUUUGUUGAAGUUCUUGCUGCACAACAGAGUCCAGAGAACCCAAACUGGUUUCAGGGUACUGCUGAUGCUGUAAGGCAAUACCUGUGGCUCUUUGAGGAGCACAAUGUCAUGGAGUAUCUAAUUCUUGCCGGAGACCAUUUGUAUCGCAUGGACUACGAGAAGUUCAUUCAAGCGCACAGAGAAACAAACGCUGAUAUUACUGUGGCUGCGCUUCCAAUGGAUGAAAAACGUGCAACUGCUUUUGGUCUGAUGAAAAUUGAUGAAGAAGGACGGAUAAUUGAAUUUGCAGAAAAGCCAAAAGGAGAUCAGCUGAAGGCGAUGAAGGUUGAUACCACAAUUUUAGGCCUGGACAAUGAAAGAGCAAAAGAGAUGCCUUUCAUUGCUAGUAUGGGUAUCUAUGUGAUCAGCAAGGAUAUAAUGUUGCAGUUGCUUCGUGAUAAAUUUGCUGGAGCAAAUGACUUUGGGAGUGAAGUUAUCCCUGGUGCAACUAAUGUUGGGAUGAGGGUACAAGCUUAUUUAUAUGAUGGUUACUGGGAGGACAUUGGUACAAUUGAGGCAUUUUACAAUGCAAAUCUUGGAAUUACUAAAAAGCCAGUACCAGAUUUCAGCUUUUAUGAUCGUACAUCUCCAAUUUAUACACAACCCCGAUAUUUACCUCCUUCCAAGAUGCUGGAUGCUGAUGUAACUGAUAGCGUGAUUGGCGAGGGAUGUGUGAUCAAGAACUGCAAGAUCCACCAUUCUGUAAUUGGUCUUCGUUCUUGUAUAUCAGAAGGUGCAGUCCUCGAAGACACUCUACUGAUGGGAGCAGAUUAUUAUGAGACUGAUGCUGAUAGGAGGCUGUUAGCUGCAAAAGGCAGUGUUCCCAUGGGCAUCGGAAGAAAUUCUCACGUCAAAAGAGCCAUCAUCGACAAGAAUGCUCGCAUUGGAGAGAAUGUCAAGAUCAUCAACUGUGAUAACGUGCAAGAGGCGGCAAGAGAGACGGACGGAUACUUCAUCAAGAGUGGCAUCGUCACCGUCAUCAAAGAUGCACUGAUCCCUAGUGGAACUGUCAUCUAGUUCUCAACGUAAAACUGCUACGCCUGUGGUCUGCUGUCUCGGGCUUUGUUCAUGUUCCGUUGCUACGUAUAUUUCUCGUUCACGGAAAACCUUUUCUGUGGCAUUUGUCGGACAAGACGUUUCUUUUCGAUAUAUUACUUUGAUGAUGUUUGUGGGAGCACAUUAAUAGCAAAUCGUACGAGUUUGAGUUCA